UCAUAUAAACCAAGAUAAGUUGAAGCAAUGGUGGUAAACAAAGUGAUGAAAUGGUCUCCAUGGUCACCGGCACCGACAUCACCGGAGACAAAGAAGAAGAAGAAGAAGAAGAAGAAGAAGUGUAAUGUUAUUAUGAAGGUGGUGAAAGUUGAAGGGCUAGUUUUGCCGGCCAGUGGCGCCGGAGAUACACGGGUGGCCGCGGUGGAGAUUAGAUGGAAGGAUUCAUUACAAAGAAAAGAGCAAAAGUUUUCGUAUUUUCGAGGAAUGAAGAGAUCAAAGAAAAUGGUUAAGAAUGUCUCCGGCGACCGGGUGGUGGACGGAGGUGGCGCCGCCGUGUGGGAUGAGAACUUGAGUUUUCCGUUCAAUCCUGAUUCUAGUUCUGCUUGGGAAGUUUCCUUCUCAAUUCUUUACGGAACACAAAAAGAAAGGAAGAAGGGAAAACCACUAGAAGAAGUUGGAAGUGCAGAAAUAAACCUUGCAGAAUGGAUUUGUAACUACAAAGUGGAAGUGAGAGGAAAGGAAACAGAGUUUCAGGGCCAGAGAAAAACUCUUCCCAUUAUCAUAAGAACAGAAAACUUAUCAUGCAAUGCUUUGCUCUAUGUAAUUUUCAGUUUGGAGGAAGGAAAUGCAGAAAAACCAGAUGAUAAAUAUAAUUCAGGUCAAAUGGACACUGAGUACAUGAAUUCAUCUCAUUUUGUAAAGUUAAAUGAAGAACAAGAUAGAUUCAAUGCAAGUAGUACCAGUACCAGCAACAGCAACAGUGGAGGAUCAAGUCCUUCAAAGCAUAAAUUGUUUUCCUGGAGUAAAAGAAGGAAGAAUAGCAGUGAAAAUGUGAAUGAAAAAGUUGCAGAAAUCGACAAUUGUGUUACGAAAGAAAAAGAAGAGGAUCCGAUUGGACGAUGGGAGCAGAGAGAAUACAUUAGUAGAGACAAGCAAACGAAGCUCAGAAUUCAGACAUUCUUCGCGUCGAUUGAUCAGCGGGAUGAGAGUGCUAAUGGUGAGAGUGCAUGCACUACAUUGGUGGCAGUGAUCACUGAUGCAAUACACAGAAGAAGGUUAAACACACCAACAAGAAUUGAAUUUGAUAGGCUGAUAAGAGAAGGCUCAUCAGAGUGGCAGAAACUCUGCAGAAAUAAAACAUAUGUGGAGCAAUUCCCAAACAAGCAUUUUGACCUGGAAACAAUCUUGGAAGCAAAAGUGAGACCAAUAAAUGUUGUCUCAGAGAAGUCUUACAUUGGUUUCUUCCAGCCAGAGAGCUUUGAAUCACUUCAAGGUGCAAUGUCAUUUGAUAAUAUAUGGGAAGAGAUUACCGAGGGGAUUCAUGAAGGUGAUCAGAAGGUGUACAUUGUGAGUUGGAAUGACCACUUCUUUGUGCUAAAGUUAGAAGCAAAUGUUUAUCAAAUUAUUGACACAUUGGGUGAGAGAUUGUAUGAAGGGUGCAACAAGGCUUACAUUCUAGAGUUUGAUGAGGCUUCAGAGAUGUACCAGUUGCCAGAGAUCAAUGGAGAUGACAGUGAAGAAGAAUUGGUUUCCCGGGGAAAGGAAUGCUGCAGAGAGUUCAUAAAGAGAUUCUUGGCUGCGAUACCAUUGAGGGAGGAGCUGGAGAUGGAGGAGAAGGGAAAGGAGAAUGGAACAACAAGCAUUGCUCUUCAUCAGAGGUUGCAAAUAGACUUUCAUUUAACAGAGGCAAAUUGUUCAUGAUAAAUUACCUAUGUCAAAUGUAGCUUCUGAGUUGUAUAUAAUACCUGAAUUGUUUUUAUUC